GCGCCCUUUCCCUUCCUCCCCAGAUCCCCGUCCCCGUUUUCCACUUUUGCCUCCGCCCCAAUUCGGAUAACAAACCCCUCCGCCUCGUCGCGUCUCCUCCCAGCCGAGCCGAUCCGGUAGAGAGAGGGAGAGGGAGGGACUGAGGGAGGAGGAGCUGGGUUCCGGUCCCGGCCGCCCGGCCGGCUGCGCGAUUCGAUUGCAGCUCUCGUCCCCGGGCGGCGUCCAGGAUGGUGCGGGGCAAGACGCAGAUGAAGCGGAUAGAGAACCCGACCAGCCGCCAGGUCACCUUCUCCAAGCGCCGCAACGGCCUGCUCAAGAAGGCGUUCGAGCUCUCCGUCCUCUGCGACGCCGAGGUCGCCCUCGUCGUCUUCUCCCCGCGCGGCAAGCUCUACGAAUUCGCCAGCGGAAGUGCGCAGAAAACGAUUGAACGUUAUAGAACAUACACAAAGGAUAAUGUCAGCAACAAGACAGUGCAGCAGGAUAUUGAGCGAGUAAAAGCUGAUGCGGAUGGCCUGUCAAAGAGACUCGAAGCACUUGAAGCUUACAAAAGGAAACUUUUGGGUGAGAGGUUGGAAGACUGCUCCAUUGAAGAGCUGCACAGUUUGGAAGUCAAGCUUGAGAAGAGCCUGCAUUGCAUCAGGGGAAGAAAGACUGAGCUGCUGGAGGAGCAAGUCCGUAAGCUGAAGCAGAAGGAGAUGAGUCUGCGCAAGAGCAACGAAGAUUUGCGUGAAAAGUGCAAGAAGCAGCCGCCUGUGCCGAUGGCUUCGGCGCCGCCUCGUGCGCCGGCAGUCGACAACGUGGAGGACGGUCACCGGGAGCCGAAGGACGACGGGAUGGACGUGGAGACGGAGCUGUACAUAGGAUUGCCCGGCAGAGACUACCGCUCAAGCAAAGACAAGGCUGCAGUGGCGGUCAGGUCAGGCUAGCAGCUACCUCAGCCACGCACAGGCCCAAUCAACGCAAGCUAGCUAGCUGAGAAUAAUCUUUUAGAUCUCUGGUAGUGUGGAGAUCGAGAUGCAAGCCAAGCAAUGUGAUAUCGCGUUGUGUGUUACCAACCUGUCAGUCUGUGUAUCAUCCCGUCCCGUCCGUCAGAGUCUCAGAGAACGAACACUUCUUCUCCCUGUAGCUAGCUGCUCCUGCUUGUGUCC